GCUAAAGCCUUUGGCUUUCUUCCCCAUUAUCUCUGCUCUCCUUUCUGUCCCAACUCCUUCAUUGAUUUCACCGUUCAAUUUCAGCUCUCCUCUCUCUCUCUCACACACACAGACACACUAGCUCCCCUUUUCUCUCUUUCAGAUUUCUUUUUUAUCUUAUCAAAAUGGCGUACGAAGAUCAGUGUCAGCAAGGUUUGAAACCAAAAUAUGACUGUCUUCUCUUCGAUGUUGAUGAUACGCUUUAUCCUCGAAGUUCUGGUCUGUUGGAGGAAGUUACCAAGAAUAUUCAAGAAUACAUGAUUCAGAAGCUUGGUAUAGAAGAAACUGAAGCCUCUCAAAUGAAUGGUGUCCUGUACAAGAGUUAUGGCACAUCCAUGGCAGGUCUCAAGGCCAUUGGUUAUGAUUUUGACAACGAUGACUACCACAGAUUUGUUCAUGGGAGAUUGCCAUACGAGAGGUUAGAGCCUGACCAUGUUCUAAGAAAUCUUUUGCUUAGCUUGCCAUUUCGUAAAGUUAUAUUCUCAAAUGCCGAUCAAGCACAUGUGGCUAAAGUUCUCAGCAGGCUUGGGUUGGAGGAUUGCUUUGAAGGGGUUAUAUGCUUUGAGACCCUCAAUCCCUUCAAUUACGACGACAUCAAUGCUUGUGAUGGAACUGGACCUUGGAGUCCCAGCUACGCAUCCAAAAGCCAAAUUCUCGACAUCAUUGAACAUCCUUGUCAGUCCAAUCCUGUUUCAGCACUUCAAAAAUCUCCAGUUGUCUGCAAGCCUUUUGAAGACGCAUUUGAGCAGGCCUUUAAGCUGGCCAACAUCAAUCCUCAAAAAACAGUAUUCUUCGAUGACAGCGUUCGUAAUAUAAUGACCGGGAAGCUAAUGGGUCUCCACACCGUGCUGGUGGGCACAGCCAACAGAGAAAAUGGAGCUGAUUACGCGCUAGAGAGCAUUCAUAGCAUGAAGGAAGCAUUGUCUGACCUAUGGAAAGCAAAUGACAAGUCCGAAGCUAGAAGCUUCACAAGAAAGGUUUCCAUGGAGACAACUGUGACUGCCUAGUUAGCUUAAUUACCACCAACUUGUGCAGUACUGAUGAAUUUGUAUCUCUACUGAUAUACGAUCGUGAUUAAUAAAGCUUAAUUCAUUUUUAAUA